AUGGGAACCCCCUCUCCCGCCGAUCAGGCCAUAGCAGCAGACAUGCUCGACUUCCUGAACGUGGGAGUGACGGAGUUCCAUGCCGUGGAUGCCGCCGUCCAGCGCCUGAAGAAGGCGGGCUUCACUGAGCUGUCGGAGCGGCAGGAGUGGGACGGGCUGGGCCCCGGCGGCCGCUACUUCUUCACCCGCAACGCCUCCACCCUGGUGGCGUUUGCUGUGGGGCAGAAGUACGAGCCCGGCAACGGCUUCAUGAUGGUGGGGGCGCACACCGACAGCCCCUGCUUCAAGCUGAAGCCCGUGAGCAAGAGCAUUAAGUCUGGAUAUGGCAUGGUGAAUGUGGAGCCCUAUGGCGGCCUGCUGCAUCACACCUGGUUUGAUCGGGACCUGACUGUGGCGGGGCGGGUGCUGCUGAAGGAUGGCGAUAAGAUGGCGCACAAGCUGGUCAAGGUGCCCAAGCCCAUCCUGCGCAUCCCCAUGCUGGCCAUCCACCUGCAGCGCGACCUCUCCACUGCAGGCUUCAACCCCAACAAGCAGGCAAGCAGGGACCUCAUCAAGCAGAAGCUGGAGGCGGGCAACGGCAGCGGCGACGGCGCGGCAGCAGCGAGCCCCAGAGGCGGCGGCGCUGCCGCAGUAGACGCCGCGGACGGUGCGGCGGCGCGGCACCACUCGCUGCUGCUGCGCCUGCUAGCAAAGGAGCUGGGGUGUGCGACCGACGACAUUGUGGACUUUGAGCUGAACGUUAUCGACACGCAGCCGGGAGUGAUUGGCGGUGGCGAUGAUGAGUUCAUCUUCUGCGGCCGCCUGGACAACUUGUGCAUGAGCUACUGCUCCCUGCAGGCACUCAUCGACACCUGCGGCAGCGCCGACGCGCUGGCAGAUGAGACGGGGGUGCGCGCCAUCGCGCUGUUUGAUAACGAGGAAGGCGCGGGCAGCCCGGUGAUGCGCGACUGCAUCACCCGCGUCACGCAGCUGCUGGCGGCGGGGGCGGAGGGCGCGGUGCAGCGAGCCAUGCGCAACUCCUUCCUCAUCUCCGCGGAUAUGGCCCACGCCCUGCACCCCAACUAUGCCGACAAGCACGACCCCGACCUGGCGCCCCGCCUGGGCUCCGGCCUGGUGCUGAAGCACAAUGUGAACCAGCGCUACGCCACGACGUCCAUCUCCGCCACACUCUUUAGGGAGGUGUGCCGGCGCGCGGGCGUGCCCACCGCCGAGUUUGCCGUGCGCUCCGACAUGGCCUGCGGCAGCACCAUCGGCCCCAUCCUGGCCUCGGGCCUGGGUGUGCGCACCGUAGACAUCGGUGUGCCGCAGCUGGCCAUGCACUCGAUUCGGGAGCUGCAGAUGUGCACUGUGUCAGAUGCAGCGCACGGCCUUCGCGCGUUUACUGCCUUCUUCCAGACCAUCAGCGAGCUGGACAGGACAGUCGACCCCGACACGCUGCCGCCCCCCGACAUCCGCGGCACCCUGCGGGAAGCGGCCUGCGGCCAUGUGCACUAG